CUAUCUAGACCUCCUCUUCCAACUUUUUUAAUUUUUUAAUAAUCCUUCCAACAAACUUUUUAAUCUAGUUAGCAAAUCUCAUCUGUACACAAAACAAAUCACGUUAUCUUAUUUAAGUUUAUCCAUUAAAAAAAAAAUUCAAGGUAACAAGAUUUCAGGAUUCUCAGGCAGGGAUUCUAAAUAAAAUUUUUGAAUACGCAAAUUUCAACUGGGUUUAUGUUGUGUGAUUUUUGAUAUAGUCCAUCAAGAGCGUAAGGGAAAAAAACUAAACUUUCCUGGAAAUUACUGAGAAAAGGCGAGAAAAGAGGUAGCUUUUACGUGAGUUUGUAGUUAUCAAACAGAGGAAACUGGAAAGGACCUAGAGACGGCAAGAGAGUUGUAGAAAAUUGGUUUUUCUGAGGAAAGUGAAGGGGAGAAAGAAUGGCCGGGAAUGAGUGGAUAAAUGGGUACCUGGAGGCGAUAUUGCACAGUGGGGCGGCGGCUAUAGAGGAGCAAAAGCAGGCGCAAGUGAAUGAGAAAGGAGGGCAUUUCAACCCCACGAAAUAUUUUGUGGAGGAGGUGGUGACGGGGGUGGAUGAGACUGAUCUCCACCGGACAUGGAUCAAGGUGGUCGCCACCCGCAACACCCGUGAGCGCAGCUCCAGGCUCGAGAACAUGUGCUGGCGCAUUUGGCACCUUACCCGCAAGAAGAAGCAGCUGGAAUCGGAGGAAAACCAGCGAUUAGCAAAGCGGAGAUGGGAACGGGAACAAGGACGCAGGGAUGCCACAGAAGACAUGUCCGAGGACUUGUCUGAAGGAGAGAAAGGAGACAUUAUAGCGGAAAUGGUGCAAUGUGAAUCACCAAAUAGAAGGUUCCAGCGAAAUUUUUCCAGCUUAGAAGUAUGGUCCGAUGACAAAAAGGAAAAGAAACUUUAUAUUGUUCUCAUGAGUUUACAUGGUCUGGUGCGGGGAGAAAAUAUGGAGCUUGGUCGAGAUUCUGAUACAGGUGGACAGGUUAAGUAUGUGGUGGAGCUUGCCAGGGCACUUGCAAAGAUGCCAGGGGUGUAUAGGGUUGAUCUUUUUACUAGGCAGAUCUCUUCACCUGAAGUUGAUUGGAGCUAUGGUGAACCUACAGAAAUGCUAACUGCAGGUGCUGAACAUGGAGAUGGGAAUGAGAUUGGAGAAAGUAGUGGUGCCUAUAUUAUCAGGAUUCCUUUUGGUCCACGUGAUAAGUAUCUUCAUAAAGAGUUGUUAUGGCCCUAUAGUCAGGAAUUUGUAGAUGGAGCUUUAUCUCAUAUUCUUAACAUGUCUAAAGUUUUGGGUGAACAAAUUGGCGGGGGCCGGCCAGUGUGGCCAUAUGUGAUUCAUGGCCAUUAUGCUGAUGCUGGGGACAGCGCUGCUCUACUCUCAGGAGCUUUGAAUGUCCCGAUGGUUCUAACGGGACACUCACUUGGGAGAAACAAGCUUGACCAACUUCUUAAGCAAGGACGGCAAUCAAAGGAGGAUAUCAACUCAACAUACAAAAUUAUGAGAAGGAUUGAAGCAGAGGAACUUUCUUUGGAUGCUGCUGAACUUGUUAUCACAAGUACCGAACAGGAGAUUGAAGAGCAAUGGGGACUUUAUGAUGGAUUUGAUGUCAAGCUUGAGAAAGUUUUACGUGCACGUGCUAGACGUGGAGUAGACUGUCAUGGUCGAUACAUGCCUAGGAUGGUGGUUAUUCCUCCUGGCAUGGACUUCAGUAAUGUUGUUAUUCAAGAAGAUGCCCCUGAGAUUGAGGGAGAAAUUGCAGCUCUCGGUGCAGGUACUGAGGGGUCAUCUCCAAAAGCAAUUCCAUCAAUAUGGUCAGAAGUGAUGCGGUUCCUUACAAAUCCCCACAAGCCCAUUAUCUUAGCAUUGUCAAGGCCUGAUCCAAAGAAGAACAUAACCACUCUUGUCAAAGCCUUUGGAGAGUCGCGUCCCUUGAGAGAGCUUGCCAAUCUUACACUUAUCAUGGGGAAUAGAGAUGAUAUUGAUGAGAUGUCUUCUGGAAAUGCUAGUGUGCUUACAACAGUUUUGAAACUUAUAGACAAGUAUGACCUCUACGGGCUGGUGGCCUACCCAAAGCAUCACAAACAAUCUGAUGUUCCAGAGAUAUAUAGACUUGCGGCAAAAACAAAGGGAGUUUUCAUAAAUCCUGCACUAGUCGAACCUUUUGGGCUUACGUUGAUUGAGGCUGCCGCACAUGGACUUCCUAUGGUGGCUACUAAAAAUGGUGGACCAGUUGACAUCCAGCGGGCUUUAAAUAAUGGCCUCCUUGUAGACCCACAUGACCAGCAAGGAAUUGCUGAUGCACUGCUUAAGUUGGUUUCGGAGAAAAACUUAUGGCAAGACUGUAGAAAGAACGGUUGGAAGAACAUACACCUCUAUUCAUGGCCUGAACACUGCCGCACUUACUUGACCAGAGUUGCUGCCUGUCGGAUGAGACACCCUCAGUGGCAAACUGAUACUCCAGGGGAUGAGACGUUUGUUGACGAAAUGUCAUUUAAUGACUCACUUAAGGAUGUCCAAGAUAUGUCUCUUAGGCUUUCGGUUGAUGGAGAAAAAACUUCCCUAAAUGAAUCUUUGGACCAUGCAGCUGCAGCCAAUGGUGAUCCUGAGCUGCAAGAUCAAGUGAAACGAGUGCUAAGCAAGAUAAAGAAGCCAGAGUCUGAAUUAAAAGACACUGAAGGUGGGAAGCUUGAUAAAUUAGCCAGCAAGUAUCCAUUCUUGAGGAGGAGGCGUAGAUUGAUUGUUAUUGCACUUGAUUGCUAUGACAGCAAGGGGUUUCCAGAGAAGAAGAUGAUUCAGGUAGUACUAGAUAUACUAAAGGCUGGGCGGUUUGACUCUCAAACUGCAAGAGUUACAGGGUUUGCGAUAUCAACAGCCAUGCCAGUGUCAGAAACAUUAAACUUUCUGAAAGCAGCAAAGAUUCAAGUAACCGAGUUUGAUGCUUUGAUCUGUAGUAGUGGUAGUGAGGUUUAUUACCCUGGCACUUACAUAGAAGAAGAUGGGAAACUUUUUCCAGAUCCAGAUUAUGCCUCACAUAUUGAUUACCGCUGGGGUUGUGAGGGUCUAAAGAAGACCAUUUGGAAACUGAUGAACACACCUGAAGGCGAAGGAAAAUCUCAUUGUACUUCCAGUCCCAUUGAGGAAGAUGUGCAAUCAAGUAAUGCUCACUGUAUCACAUACACAAUAAAAGAUCCAAAGAAGGUAAAGAAAGUGGAUGAAAUUAGGCAGAAGCUUAGGAUGCGUGGUCUUCGUUGCCAUCCAAUGUAUUGUAGAAACUUGACUAAAAUGCAAACUGUUCCUCUCGUUGCAUCUCGAGCACAGGCACUGAGAUACCUCUUUGUUCGUUGGAGACUGAAUGUUGCAAACAUGUUUGUGAUUCUUGGUGAAACUGGAGACACCGAUUAUGAGGAAUUGAUAUCUGGGACUCACAAGACUCUGAUCAUGAAAGGAGUGGUGGCCAAGGGUUCUGAUGAACUGCUCAGAACAACUGACCUAAAAGACGACAUUUUUCCUACUGAGAGCCCCUUCAUCACCUCCAUCAGCGAUGGAGCAAAGGCAGAGGAGAUUGCCAAUGCCCUAAAACAAAUAUCCAAAGCAGGUCAAUAGAAGCUCCAGCUGCUAUAUAUGGAUAAUGACAUUCAUAGUCCAGUCAGUAUUAUUCAUAGCUUAUAUAAUGUAUUCCUACUCAGAAAGCAUUAACCAAUAUAUUUUUCUUUUUUCAGUUGUAUCUAAAUAAGUUUUCCCAAGCUUUUGUUACUGGUAUAUAGCAACCUUUCUUCCUUCCUGAUGUUUAUAAUAUAUAGUUCUGAAUUAC